AUGGAGUGCCAUUUUUCUGUCUGGGGAGUUUUGGCCUUUCUGAGUUUGGCUCUGGUUGUUUCAUUGAUACUAAAUAUUUCACACUAUGUGAAAAACAAGCAAGAAACUAAAAAGUAUAAAGACUAUGAAGACAACAGUCCAAGCUAUGAUAACUAUUACACAGAAGAUGACCCAGUUUAUGGCAAUCUCAAUCAAGAUAUUUUAGAGGAAUGUUGUUACGAGCAGAUGAAGUCCCAGCCUCAAAGGCCAGUUAACCAACUACAGGUGGAGUCUGCCAAUCAGAUGUGUUAUGCCUCACUUGAUCACAGCAUUAAGGGAAAACGCAGAAAACCACGGAGAAAGACAAACCCUUCAUUAGAUGAGGAUGAAGAAGAAAGAUCGUCUAACCCCACCAUGAUAGCUUCCAAAGUUAGCAUUUACCUCAACAGUGAGCAGCUGGCUGCUGAAAAUACGGCAAACAUAGAAGCCAUUCAUGAUGAUCCCAUCAGAUUAAUGGGUUUGAUUCAUACUACAAAAGGAGAGAACAUUUGA